CAACUUUCAGAAAAUCGUUGAUAAACGCACACUUUCCAUCGUCCCCGGCCAUUAGAUGGGCGAAUGAGACAGUUUAAUCCAAAUGGAGUCCGAAGCUUCCAAGCGCCGCUCGGUGCGCCAGGCUAUAACUCGAAAACGGAGCUUGUACAUGGACCCGGACACGGAUGACGACUUCGACAUUGCCGACGCUCAGGAUUCUGUCAGCGAGCACAACCUGUCUCCAGAGCAUGAGCCGAAGCGACAAAGAACACCAAAAAGACGAACAAGCAAACCAUCUCCAAGAGAAACUAGGUCGGCGACGAAGAAACCUGUACACAAAAAGUCGCCACCCAAGCGCAAAACUAAACAUGCUUCGAAACCGACUAAAGUCGUACCUACUGCAGCUCCGAUUCCGAGUGAUGGGAUAAUUCCUAGGUGGCAGACCCUUCCCUAUGAGAUAUUAUCGCAGAUCUUCAGUUAUGCUUUUGCUGCUGAGCUUGAGCACGAAACAGGUGGUGUUGCAAGCCGAAGAGUCAACCAUCCUAAUACUUGGAUCAUGAGAACUGCACGAAAAGUGUGUCGAGCCUUCUCGGAACCAGCCUUGACAGCUUUCUACAGAGCGCCCAAUCUUCUGGCGGCGCGAUGGCUCGAGGACUUCUCCACAAUCAUAAAGCAACCCAAUGACCAGCAACUGUACUCUUAUAACAUGAAAGUCACCAGUAUAGAAGUGUCAGCUCGCAACUUGGAAUCUUUUGCUAGACUUCCUGGAAUGUCUUUUGCUGAGACUGCAUCGAAGCUGCCUCGACUUUCAUCAUUGAUCGUCACGCAUCAGUUGGACGAGCCACCCUAUGAGUACCAAGGCCGACUUCCUCGAUGGAAGUACUCGCAGGAUCUCUUUGAUGCUCUCGAUGCAAGUAACAUCCAUCUUACAUGUUGGAGAUGGAACGCACAUCUCAUCGAUCAAGCCGAAGGCAAAACGGAGUUCCAAGGGCUGACUGAAUGUAUGGCCGAAGUCCAUACAAGACCUUCUUUCCAGAGCUUACGUCACCUCACCAUCUCUCACCUUCCCUUGAUUGCUUUAGAAGCAAUGAAUCCGGAAGAAGAGGCUGCCGAUAUUGCCUUUGGCAAAAUCUUCAACGACUUACCCAACCUAGAGACCUUGUCUUUCGAAUGUUGUGAUCGUCUUUCAAUCCAGAUGUUACUUCAACUUCCAAAGACAUUGAAGACCAUCAAGUUUAUCAACUGCAUGCCUCUUAACUCGGACAUGCUGAGCGAGUUCUUGACUAGUCAUGGACAUACAAUCCAGGAGCUUGUCCUUGAUCACAACCCAUUUCUCGACCUUGCGUUCUUCAUGGACCUGCGCACGACAUGUCCGCAACUGCAAUCAUUGAAGAUGGACUUGUAUGACCACAGAGAGAAUUACUUCCGCCACUUUGGAGAGCCAAAGUACGAAAGUCUGUUGCUCGAAGACGAAAUUCCAACCUGGCCUUCUACCCUCCAGAUUUUGGAACUCGUCCAUUUGCAGAAAUGGGGUGCCAACGCUGCACAGAAUCUCUUCCGUUCGCUUGUCGAGUCUGCCGAGUCUCUACCGGAGCUCAGGAGGCUAGUCCUACAAGCUCACAUCAACAUUUCGUGGCGAGACAGAGCAGCUUUCAGAGAUCAGUGGAUAGAGCGUUUGCGCCGGGUCUACCGACGUUACCCAAAGAUCCCCGAUCCGAAGCUUGCCUCACUCAAAGCCUUCAGACUGUGGAAAAAUGCACAGACACGUCGCCAGCCAAGCCAUGUCGAGGUUAUUAUGCGUAAACCUAUGUUGGAAUCCCAAGCUUCCCAAGCUUCAGAUGACGAACCGCUAGCCAAGCGUCGCAGCAAGCGUGUUGUGAAGCCUGCUAGCCCACCACCAAUUCCCACUCCACCACCUGCGCAUAAGGGUCGCCGGGAGUCAGAUGCCGUCUCUUUGGCAUCUGAGGAUACCCCUGGAGAGGGCGAAGACUGGCGAAACACACCCGAACGUUAUGUGCAAGGGCUUUGCAGUGUUGUCGAUGUUCGUAUCGACAACCAGCGACCACGUGAAGAGCAAUUCAACGAGUCGCAUUUUCUGGACUCGGAGGCCAGUGGUGAUGAGGAGUGGACUGAAGGCGCUGAAGUCGAAGGAGACGAAUAUGCAUGGUAGUCUCAUGCUCGGCUGCUCAACAACUGAUUUACACGGCGUAUUGGAAGGGAUUCAAGGACUGAAAUUGCUACUCAAGAUACCACUAUGGGCUUGCUGGACGGAAAUGGGAAACGGAAAAUGGCUGCCACGAUGGAGCGAUACACACUAGCUCUAGCUUAAUCACUGCUUUACGAGUUGCUCCACACUCAUGCAUGUUGCUCAUCACGCCAGUUUUGCUUUCUGUGAUGUGAGGAGUUAUGCGUGAACGGCAUUUUGGCUCGCG